UGUCAGGAGACAGUGAGAUUCUGAAGGUCAGAACACUCCAGACUGUGGGAGACGUGAGAUGCUUUGGGGGUAAUCUCGAAUUGUGGUUUGCCCUUAACCUUGUAGCAGCAAAGUUGAGAAGGGGCUGGUUCCGGGAGAGACGUGAUGGGGCAAGGGUGCCCUUCUGCUGACGCCGAAGAUGGCUCCUGGCUCACCUCUGACUCGGUUUCCCCCACAGAUGGCUUUUCCCUGCCGCAGGUCCCUGAAUCCUAAGACUCUGACCUUCUUUCUGGUGGGUGUGAGUUUCUUGGCCCUGCACCUAUGGUUCCUCCAAGCCUCCAGGUCCCCGCAGGAGACCAUGUGGGACGGAUCCGUCGAGGCCACCCCUGCUGCUCCUGUGGCCGCGCAGCCGUGGCUGUUCAGCCCGUGUGUGGCCAACGACUCGGCCAACGCCACGGACGACUUCGAGCAGCUGCCGCAGCGCAUCCAAGACUUCCUGCGGUACCGCCACUGCCGCCACUUUCCCCUGCUCUGGGACGCGCCGGCCAAGUGCGCGGGCCGGCGCGGGGUCUACCUGCUGCUGGCGGUCAAGUCGUCGCCCGCCAACUACGAGCGGCGCGAGCUCAUCCGCCGCACCUGGGGGCAGGAGCGCCUGUACGGCGGGCGGCAGGUGCGGCGCCUCUUCCUGCUGGGCACGAGCCCGCCCGAGGACGCCGAGCGCGCCGAGCGGCUGCAGGCGCUGGUGGGGCUGGAGGCGCGCGAGCACGGCGACGUGCUGCAGUGGGCCUUCGCGGACACCUUCCUCAACCUCACGCUCAAGCACGUGCACCUGCUCGACUGGCUGGCGGUGCGCUGCCCGCACGCGCGCUUCCUGCUCAGCGGCGACGACGACGUCUUCGUGCACACGGCCAACGUGCUCGGCUUCCUGGAGGCGCAGCGGCCCGACCGCCACCUCUUCGCCGGGCAGCUCAUGGACGGCUCGGUGCCCAUACGCGACAGCCGGAGCAAGUACUUCGUGCCGCCGCAGCUCUUCCCCGGGCCGGCCUACCCGGUGUACUGCAGCGGCGGCGGCUUCCUCCUGUCCAGCCGCACGGUCGGGGCCCUGCGCGCGGCCGCCCUCGACACCCCGCUCUUCCCCAUCGAUGACGCCUACAUGGGCAUGUGUCUGAAGCGCGCGGGCCUGGCGCCCAGCGGCCACGAGGGCAUCCGGCCCUUCGGCGUGCAGCUGCCCGGCGCCCGGCAGCCCUCCUUCGAUCCCUGCCUGUUCCGCCAGCUGCUGCUCGUGCACCGCUUCGCGCCCUACGAGAUGCUGCUCAUGUGGAAGGCGCUGCACAACCCCGGGCUGAGCUGUGGCCCGGAUCACAGGGUCUCCUGAGGACGGGUGGGGCGUACUGGGGGAGGGUGAGCAGCCCCCCACGUGAUGCGUCCCGCGCUGAGAGCGCAUCUUUCCUGCUCUGGAUAC